UCAUCUAAUCAACAAGUGAAAUAGAGGGAGAAAAAAUAGUAUUAAUUAUAAUUAAUUAUAAUAAAUAAUAAAUGAUUAUUCUGUGUAUAUUUUUAUUGCAGGUAAAUGUUGAGGACUCCAACAACAUGUUACCCAAAUCCAGAAGAGCUCUCACCAUUCAGGAGAUCGCAGCACUCGCCAGAUCUUCACUUCUCGGUAUCUCUCAGGUGGUGAAGGAUCAUGUGACCAAGCCGACGGCGAUGGCUCAGGGUCGUGUUGCUCACCUGAUCGAGUGGAAGGGCUGGUGUAAACCCACGGACGCUCCCAACGCCCUCGAGACCGACUUCAACUCCUACUCGGAUCUCACGGAGGGCGAGCAGGAGGCCCGCUUCGCUGCCGGUGUAGCUGAACAGUUCGCUAUAGCAGAAGCUAAACUUCGUGCCUGGUCCUCAGUAGACGGAGACGAAUACAACGAUGAUUCUUAUGAUGAGGAAUAUCUGUCUGCUAACGAACCGUCCACCCAGAGUACAGAUUUAUCGUCGUACCCGAAUUACCUGCGAGAUCUGAUACACACUCGGGUCUGUGAGGCCAGGCUGUGCGAGGCAGAGAGCGGCGUCUCCGUUGACCUCUCACCGGGGUCGCCGCCCGACACGCUGGGGUCAAGCAUGUGCAGUCUGGACGACACGCACCCGCUCCUACGUGACCUGGGUCGCUGCGGAGACGACCUCACGGCUAAGAUUCUGGGCGCUCUGCAGGGCAGGGAGGACCUUUUACUACUGGCUCGUUUACAGCGGGCGGGGCAGAGGCGGGGCCAUUCCUUCUCUGACACUUUCGAGGAUGACGACGCGCCGCCUAAAGACUGCAGGGUUCGAGCCUGUCGCACGCCCGAGUUCUCCACGCGGAGGAAAGUGUCCGACGUGGCUUCCUCGGGCGUGGUGUCACUGGACGAGGAGGAUGAAGACGUAGACGACGACGGCGCGGAGGAAAAAGACGCGUAAACGUUUGCUAGUUUAUGUUUGUUGAAGUGACUCGGCAUGUUUGCGUUGGCGUUUUUAUGUGCGUUUAAUUCAUUUGGUUUAAAACUUUGCGGCGUCUCAACAAUCUUUCCUGCUUAAACGAACCAACAAAUAAACGUUUUUUGGAGCGAACGAUUCCGAAAUACCACCGUGACGGAGAGCGCAGCUCUCAUAGCGACUAGCUACGAUAAAUACUGUUGUACAUAACGGAGGAACGAAAGACUGAAACUAUAAAUGUACCUUCUGCAUGUGUUCUGAAGUUCCGACCCAGCGUUUGAUGACGGGCGAAUGUUCGGUUUCAGUCCCUUUUUUGCACGGUUUGUAAAUCUAUAGCCCCGCCCAUUGCAUUCUGGGCCCUGGUUAAGCCCCUCCCCCUUUGCAAGAGACCGUUUGCAUCGUACGGGCAUGGCUGCUUGCAUCGUGAAGCUCGUAACUAUUCGCCAAUCUGACGAAACUCUUCUAGCCUGUCGGCGUCAGCAUGGAUGCUGAAGAUGCUGGAAUGUUGAAUGUUUGUACAGGAACGCGUCUUUUAAAACAAACAAAAAACUCAUUUUAUUUAUUUGUUGAGCUAUUUUGUCUUUAUUUUUCUGAAUGAUCAUUACAGUAUUGACCUAAAUAUAAACAAAACCUGAUAUUAUAUAUAUUUAUAAUGAAAAUGUGAUAUUAUU